CUGGUUUACCGAUUACCAGUGAGAGCGGCCACCAGAGGCGUUCCAUCUCGCCAUUUCUUCGCCGUUUCUCACUGGAAGUGAUCGGCGGAAAUUUUCUCGACACCUGAUUGUUCUGUGCAUCAACAGCACGCGGCUGCGUACGUCCCCGAGGAUUGUUCGUGUGUAGAUGGUAAGUGGAAUCAGGAAGAGUGACGGCUGACGGGCUUGAGAAAGGGAGUGGAAGGGCGUCGGGUGAAUAGAUUAUCAGUCAGACGUUUGUAAGAAUGCAGAGAAUGCAGUUUUCUCAAGCAAUGGCAAGAAAGAAUCUGAAUCUUGUUGGCAUGGAAGAAGAUGACGAGGACGUGGAAGCGGGCGAGGAGAUUGAUUCUGCUCCUCCCAUGAAGGUAGGAGAAGAGAGACAAAUCAACAGUUUAGGUCUGAAGAAGAAGCUUUUAAAGUCCGGAAGUGGGUGGGAGACUCCUGAAUUGGGGGAUGAAGUCACCGUUCAUUACACUGUCGUCAUGGUUGAUGGAACUAAAUGUGAUUCUAGCAGAGAUAGAGGAGAGCCUGUUACUUUUAAUCUUGGUGCAGAGCAAAUAUACAAAGGUUUGGACCAGGGCAUUACCACCAUGAAAAGGCUGGAGACUGCUUCGUUCUCAUUGGCUUCAAAUACUGAUAAAACUUUUGAGGUGGAACUGAUUUCUUGGAAUCGAGUCAUUGAUAUCUGUAAGGAUGGUGGAGUCAUAAAAAAGAUAGUCUGCCCGGGGCAGAGGGAUCAAAGGCCUGGCGACUUGGAUGAAGUCAGAGUUAAGUAUGAGGCGAGGCUGGCUGAUGGGAGUGUUAUCGCCAGAAGCCCUGAAGAAGGAAUCGAAUUUCAUGUUAAAGAAGGUCAUUUUUGUCCUGCAAUUUCAAGGGCCAUCAAGACAAUGGCGAGGGGGGAGAAGGCUAUAUUAACCGUUGGGCCUCAGUAUGCUUUCAGUGAUAGUGGAAGAGAUAUUGUGGGCCAAUAUUGUGCUGUUCCACCAAAUGCUACUUUGGACAUUGAUAUUGAAAUUCUGUCUUUCAAGCAAGUUGUUGAUGUAAUGGGUGAUUCAUAUGUCUUGAAAAAAGUAUUGAGAGAAGGUGAAGGUCUUGAUACUCCUAAUGAUGGAGCUGUUGUUCAUGUGAGGUACAAAGGAAUGUUUGAAGAUGGUACCAUAUUUGAGAAGAUGGGUUUUGAUCAAGAGGAGGGCGCUUUGUUUGUCGUCGAUGAAGAACAAGUGAUUCCUGGACUGGACCGAACUUUUGCAACAAUGAAGAAGGGUGAGUUGUCCACUGUGACUAUCAAACCAAAUUAUGGAUUUGGAGAUGCUGAAGUGAAGCGGGAUCUUGCGAUCGUUUCUCCAAAUUCCACUGUAAUUUAUGAAAUUGAGAUGAUCAGCUUUACCAAGGAAAAAGAACCAUGGGAGAUGGACACUCGAGAAAAAAUUGAUGCUGCUGCAAAGAAGAAAGAAGAAGGCAACAUACUAUUUAAGAGUGGAAAGUAUCAGCAGGCUGCUAAGAAGUACACCAAAGCUGCAGAUUGUCUGAAUGAAGGUUCAUUUGAAGAUGGUGAAGAGAAGGCUGCUAAGACUUUAAAGGUAUCUUGCUGGUUGAAUAAUGCUGCAUGCAGCCUUAAGCUAAAUAAUUUUAAUGAUACCAUUCAGCUCUGUUCUAAGGUUUUGGAUAUUGAGUCCCAAAAUGUCAAAGCAAUGUAUAGACGAGCACAAGCAUACAUAGGAACUUUUGAUCUGGACCUAGCAGAACUUGAUGUAAGGACAGCCCUUGAAGUUGAUCCUGGUAACAGGGAGAUCAAGUCAAUAUCCAAGACAUUAAAGCAAAUGCAAUUGGAAAGAAACAAGAAAGAUGCUAAGGUGUACAGGAACAUGUUUGCCCCUAUGUGGAAUGGUGGCGUUGAAUCAAAGAGGCCAAAGGUGGAUGUCCCGAGGGAAACAGAGGAUUCAGUGAUGGCCAUGGAUGGGGAACAUACUGAAAGCAUGGCGAUAGAUUCAUCUUGAAAAUCAACAAGUUUGGAUCAAUCGGAGAAUUGGUUUUGUCAUCUCUAUUGUAUUCAGAGAGGCUGCUGUAUUCAACCAUGUGUAGUAUGAUGUUCCAGAAAAUAUCACAUGCUUAGUAUGCUUAAUGAAUGCAUAUAUUUUUUGAAGCAGAAUCUCUUUUCCUUGGACCGGUUAGGACGA